AAGAGCAUAACGAGGUCAGGAAGGCACAUUCCUCACGGUGUAUGCUUUUCGGUUUUUUUGGUUAACAAGUGCUCCGCACCGAAAGCAUCCCAUCUCCGGGUUCCGUUCCGAGAGACGAUCUGUGCGUGAUGGCGAAGCCGCUAAUCGUCCUAUUGUCGAUCAAUUUGAUCUGCCUUAUCAGCGUCCGUGCUGCUGCUACCUCGGAGGAUGUUCCGAAGAUUGACCGAUGGCGACGCCAGACGGCGGGAGAAGCGCUGAUGUCCGAGCAACUGUUCGCCAUCAUCGAUCUCUACAAACAGGAAGAUCCGGUCGGGCUGCCCGGAGCGACCAUUCCGGACCCGAUGCCCAUUCCGGACAUCAAGCAAUCGCUUUCGAUCGCCAAAAUGCACAUGCGCAACCUGGUGCUUCAUGGUAUGUCUCGCUUCCGCAUCCGCCACUUCCGCACCGAGCUGAACAGUAUGGCUGUUCAGGCGCAGAUCGCGAUCGACCAGAUCACGGUGCACGGUAACUAUACGAUGAGUACGUUUUUCAACCGUGCCGAGGGUCCGUUCACGGUGGUGAUGAGCAACGUGCUGACGAAGGCAAACGUGUCACUGUCGGUGGAACGCCAGGGCAUGCUGCAGACGAAGGACAUCGAGCUGGACAUUGCGUUCGACGAUAUGGCAAUGGACUUCCAGAACCUCGGCUUCAUGGGAAGCAUCUUUCAGAGUGUGGUUAAUUCGGCGUCGAAUCUCGUGUACGACACGAUUAAACCGUACAUGCUGCAGGAGGCCUACAAGAAGAUCCGCGAGGAGGUGGACACAAACAUCCAGAACGUGACGCUCGAGCGGGGCUUCAUCCUGCCGAACUCGAUCUCGCCGGUCGACGUCGCCAUCGGCGAGCUGCGGACACUGGUGCGCAACAAGGGUUUCGAUCCGUUUCUCGUACCCGACUACAACAACACGGCCGGCAUCUUUGGGAUGCAAACGAUGCACACCUGGCUCCGGGGUGGGUCCAGCUUCUACCGCUACGGUGACAUAUCGGUGACGAUGCAGAACAACACGGCCACCCUCGGGGUACACGUGGCCACGCAACGAAUCACCGGCUCGACGCACUGGGAGGUGUCGAUCGGCCGGGGGAUGCUGUCGCAUCCGGGUCGGGCCCAGUUUACGGUCGAGCACAUACGGGUUGCGGUGCAGAUCGAGCAGCCGCUAGAUUUGCGCAAAAAGCUGAAACUGAAGGACAUUCAGCUCGAGCUGGGCAACAUACAGGUGCGGUGCGAGGGCGCGGGAACGUUCGACUACGUGGUCGAGGCGGCCGUCAACAUACUACCGAAUCUGCUACGCUACCAAAUUAUGGAUGCGAUCGAGAACCCGCUGCGGAUGCGCAUCCAGGAGAAGCUGGACUGUGUCAACACGGAGGCGAUGGUGCGAAAGUAUGUGCUCGAGUUUGAACAGCAUGGAGUCGAUUUUGACUUGCAGGACUUUGAACUUUGCCAGACUUAGCCAGCGUAGUAUAUAUAGUACUUCGAAGAUAAGACCUGAAAGUGUUUGCUGAGCGCACACACACGGUGCGUAAUGCCCGGUUACGGAUUUUGUGCGACCAAUAAAACAAUCUGUCGGUACAACUGUCGCUGUGCGUUUCAGUCAAUAUGGU